AUGAAAAAUAUUAUUUUAUCAAUUAUUCUUUUUGUAUUAAUUGUUGCUUUAACAACUGCCAAUGAUACAAAAGAUAAUAAAUCUAAUGUUGGACAACAAACAAAUGAAAUAACAGAAAAACCAAAAAAUGAAAAUCAACAAUUAAAACGUUUGAGAAGACAAAAUGAUGGAGAUAAUUUUAUUGAUAACCAAGGAUUUCAUAUGCCAGGAUAUGGAAAUAAUGAAGAUAAUCAACCAUGGACUGGACAACAUUGGGAUAAUAAUCCAUGGAGUGGUCAUUAUUUUCCAACAUCACCAUCAAACAUAGAUCAAAUGUGGCAAGCUCCACAAAACUUUGGAAGACAUAUUCCAAGACAUUUUAAUCCAUGGUAUUCACAUCACCAUCAUCAUGGAAGACCAUCAUAUCCAUCAUAUAAUAUGGCAGAUAAAUAUGCUUAUGACUACUUCAAAAGAAACGGAUUUACAAUAAAAUCUGUUUUAACAUUUUGUACUAAUUAUCAUAUUUCCUCAAUUAUCAAUUACAGUAGAUCAUUAAAAAAUUUCUGUUCUAAAAUAAAAGAAAAUUAUGGUAAUGACUCUAUCCCAACAUAUCCAAAAACUCCAGAAACUUCAGGAACUGAAGAAAUUUCACAAUAA